AUGAGCGGAAAGCGAACCCGCAGCUAUAGAUGUGCAGUACACCAUCGAGAUCGCGAGGUCAGUUCCGAAAACGACUUCCAUCUACUUCUUGAAGAUCCUACCUUCUUUGCCAGGAUGGUUCAUUUGGUUGCGAUGGAGGUGCUCCCGGAAGAGCGGGAUCGCAAGUACUACCAGGAGCGGUAUACUUGCUGUCCUCCGCCGUUAUUUAUUAUCUGUGUCACGCUUUUAGAGCUGGGCGUGUUCGCGUGGUACGCGUGGGGCUCCGGCGGCGUGGCGGCGGCAGCCGGCCCGGUGCCGGUGGACUCGCCGCUUGUGUACCGGCCCGACCGCCGCCGCGAGCUCUGGCGCUUCCUCACCUACAGCGUCGUACACGCCGGCUGGCUGCAUCUCGCGUUCAACCUGCUCGUACAACUCGCGGUGGGGCUGCCGCUGGAGAUGGUGCACGGCGCGGCGCGGUGCGGCGCGGUGUACGCGGCGGGCGUGCUGGGCGGCUCGCUGGCGGCGUCCGUGCUGGACCCCGACGUGUGCCUGGCGGGCGCGUCGGGCGGCGUGUACGCGCUGCUGGCGGCGCACCUGGCCAACGCGCUGCUCAACUUCCACGCCAUGCGCUACGGCGCCGUGCGCCUCGUCGCCGCGCUCGCCGUCGCCUCCUGCGACGUCGGCUUCGCGGUCCACGCCAGAUACACCAAGGAGGCGCCGCCGGUGUCGUACGCGGCGCACGUGGCGGGCGCGCUGGCCGGGCUGACCAUCGGGCUGCUGGUGCUGAAGCACGCGCAGCAGCGCCUGUGGGAGCGCCUGCUGUGGUGGGCGGCGCUGGGCGCGUACGCCGCCUGCACGCUGUUCGCCGUGCUGCACAACCUGCUGGCCGCGCCCGCGCCCGACCUGCACUACCUGCCGCCCGACCCGCCCGACCACGCGCAAGGCUUCUGA